AUGGAGACCCCCCUGCCAGUCGAGAUUCCUACAUUUGAGGGAUUCGUACAGGUCAGCGCAGCCGUCAGUGCAAUGGCCGCGCCUCGCCGUAGAGGAUCCACCUUAGUGAUCAUGGAGACCCCCCUGCCAGGUGUCACAACGGACGGUUGUCCAAAUCUUAUCGGACUUUUGAAACGUAUGCAAAAUAAAGUGACUGAAAUCGACACGGAUCAGAAACUGGUAUUUUUGCAUUGUAUUAUACACCAACAUGUGUUGUGCAAGUCAGUGCUAAAAAUUAACCAUGUUAUUGAUGUUGUUACUAAAAUAGUAAACUUCAUCAGGGCAAGAGCUUUGAACCACAGACAGUUUAUCGCACUUUUGGAGGAGCAUGAGACUGAGCAUCGUGACAUCGGCUACCACACAGCUAUCAGAUGGCUCAGCCUGGGCAAAGUGCUAAAAAGAGUUUGGGACCUGAAAGCAGAGAUUCGAGAGUUUUGUGAGAAGAAAGACAAAGACUUCCCAGAGCUCUCAGAUGAGGACUGGAUGGCAGAUUUUGCAUUUGCUGUUGAUGUGACUGCACUGAUGAAUGAACUGAACACCAAACUGCAAGGCAAGGGCCUUUUUGUUCAUGAAAUGCACAGCCUGGUGAAGGCUUUCAUGACAAAGAUGCAGUUUCUUUCAAGCCAACUGGAGAGCAACACUCUCACUCACAUGCAAACCCUGAAAGAAGUCACACCAUCAGCUGAUCACCUCCGCAGGUACUCAUCCAUGUUGGGAGCAUUGCAUGGUGAGUUUUUAAGGCGAUUUGAAAAUCUCAGAAAAAUCGAGGAUGAAAUGCACCUGAUUUCCUCUCCCUUUACCUGCAGUGUGGAUAAUGCACCCAGUGAUGUUCAGCUGAAACUCAUCGACCUGCAGUCUGAUGCAGUACUGGCAGAGCACUUUAAGUCAGGAUCUCUGCUGGAUUUCUACUCUUCUCUCAAGGAGGAGAACUUUCCAAACAUGAGGAGACAUGCUCAGAAGAUGUUGGUUCUCUUUGGCUCGACCUACAUAUGUUGGUGUCCUACAUCUGAACAUCUGCAUCCCAUCACUGUGCUGUCAACCAGGGACGGACCACACCACAGAAUUCCACACCUCCUACCAACCUCCAGCCAUGAUUUCCUAGCCAACAGCGGCCAAGCCCCCUUCCCCUAA